AUGGUUGUGAGAUGUAUGAGUAUGUUAGGUGAGUACCAUUCCCUGGUUACUAGGCUUCCCACACAUGGCGUUGGCAGUGCCGGUGGGGUGGGAAGCCAUGAGAUUGCUGGUCUCAUACAUGGCGUUGGCAGUGCCGGUGUAUGGGAAGAUGCCGGUGGGGUGAUGAUACUGUCUGCGCGCGUAGGACUUGAUAUGAGAUUUGUGAGCUACACGUGUCGUUGGCAGUGCCGGCGUGUGAGCUAUGGAGUUCCGUCCCCCGGUUGGACUACUCAUCCCUGGACGCGGGUUCAUGUUCGAAAAUCCUGCGUACCAGCCAACAAUCCCCCGGUUGGAUUGUCUUCCCCGGUACAUUAG